AUGGAUGAGAGACAAAUUAUAUGCUAUUGUCGAUUUGAUGGGAAAAUUGACAAAAAUGAGAAUGGGGAAAUUAUAUACAUCGGCGGUGUCACAGACCCUUUUAUGAUAACAACAACAACAACAUACGAAUCAUUUAUAAAUGAGUUACAACAACGUUCAUCUUCAAACAUGAGUGGUAAAGUCAUAUAUUAUACCACCGAAUCUAACAAGAAUGAACUUUUAAGGAUGACGGGAGAAUCUGGAUUUAGAGUGAUGCUUGUAGUGAGUGGUCCCAUGCUAAAUGUGUAUAUGGAAGAUGCAGCGCCUGUAAUUGCAUCAUGCACAAUUCCUACUGAUCAUAGUGAGAGACAAUUUGUUGAAGCCACAUCGCCAAUUGGUCUUCUACAAAGUCUUUUUGACAGCCCAAAUGAUUUCAAAGAUGCACUCGUUUUGUUUGGUCUUCGUAAUCAUUUUCGGUUCAAGUACUUGGACAAUAGCAGAAAAUAUUAUAGAGUUGUGUGCGGGGUUAAUAAUUAUCCAUGGAAAUUGUCAGCUGGUUGUGAAGGAAGUGGUGAUAUAGUGAGAAUCAAGCGGUUUAAUAAUGUUCACACUCACACUGCUCAAGACAUUUCAGAUUAUAAAGCCAUUUUUUGGUCGAAGGAAAUGGGUCGAGCUAUUGUGAACAAGGUUAGGGACAAUCCUAAAUGCACCCCCAAGACUAUUUCCAUAGACAUAAACGGUGAAUUUUCUGCUAAAAUGACUUACAUGCAAUCGUGGAGAGCUAAGGAGUGUGCACGUCAUAUCAUUGAGGGAAAUCCCAAGGAUAGCUAUAUUUUAGUCCCGUGGUUGUGUGAACGAAUAGCAGAAUAUAUUCCUGGGACAAUUACAUCGUGGGAGUGCACGGAUGAUAGGAGAUUUAAGCGAGUGUUUGUAGCUUAUGGGUGUUCCAUACGAGGUUUCAUCAACUAUUGCAGACCCAUGUUAGCAAUCGAUGCUUGCCACUUGAGUGGCAAUUAUAAAGGAACAAUGCUUGGUGCAACGGGGUUCGAUGCGAAUGAUGGCUUGUGGCCUUUGGCGUAUGCUGUUGUUUCUUCUGAGAAUGAUGAUGAUUGGCAUUGGUUCUUGAGCAAGGUGAAAGAGAUUCUAGAUGGUCGCAUUGUGACAAUCUUAACCGACAGGCAUCCGAGCCUAAUAAGUUGUAUUAGAGAUAUUUUUGGCUCCCAGUACCACUCAUGGUGUCUUCGUCACCUAACGGCGAAUUUUUCUACAUCCAUUCUUGGGAGACAAAGUUUAGGAUUGAGGGCUUCGGGUAAAGAGCAUGCGAAAAAAUUACUCGAUAAAAUUGCAUAUGCUCGAACUGUAGAUGAGUAUAAGAAUGCAUUGGCUGCCAUGCGGGUAUUUCGAGGGGAGUUGUGCGAUUGGGUUUUGGCGAAUUCACCUGAACAUUGGUCAAAUGUUAUAUUUACUUCCAAGCAUUGGGAUAAAUUAUACACCAAUCAAGCAGAGUCCUUCAAUGCAUGGGUGAAAGAAGAGAGGGUUUUUUCAAUCACAAGGCUGAUGGAUACACACAUGCAAAGGCUCAGCAAAUUUUUAUACCAAAAAAGUUUGGACGUUCAGAAGUGGACUAUCCCGGUUGGGGAUCGUAUUGAGGAGAAAAUCAAAAAAGAGCAAGAGUUAGCACUUGGUUUUCAGUCGAUGCGUGUUUCGCCUACUGAGUGUACAAUAUAUGAUCGAGACAGAAAACCAUUCAGGGUGGUAUUUGGCAGUGAAAAUUCUUGUAGUUGUUUGAAGUGGACCAUGAGUGGGAUUCCUUGUUCACAUGCAUGCUAUGCCAUCUAUGAAUUAUCUUUAAAUAUUUAUGAGAUGGUUGAUCCAUGGUUUAGGGUUGAAACACAACAAAAAUUAUGUGAACAUCUCAUGUCUUCUGUCCCCAUGCAUGAUAUGCCGAAUCCAGCUGCUGUUGCUGCUGCUGACGGUGAAGGUGCUUCCCAUCUUAAGCCUCCUGCGGUAACACGUCCCCCUGGACGACCUCGUAUUAAACGAAUCGAAUCACAAUUUCAAAAUGUAAGGUCGUUACACUGUUCGCGAUGCGGCGAGAAUGGUCAUAAUCGUCGAAAGUGCAAGGCUCCUAUACCUGGAUAG